AUGCCGGCGGCGGCGCAGCGCGGGCUGUGGCCCGAGGCGCAGGACACCUGCACGUCGCUGGGCCUGAUGCUGACCGUCGUGCUGUCCGUGGCGCUGGCCCGCGGGCUCCUCCGGCGGCACGUGCACGGGCCCGCGGCCCACGCCUUCGUCCUGGAGGGGCUGGCCACCUUCCAGCUCUGCUUCUGCACCCACGAGCUGCAGCUGAUGGGCGAGCAGGAGCCGGGCCACCCCACCUGGCCGCUGACGCUCACCUACUUCUUCUCGCUGGUGCACGGCCUGACGCUGGCGGGCACGUCCAGCAACCCGUGCGGGGUGAUGAUGCAGCUGCUGCUGGGGGAGAUGGCCCCCGAGGCCGGCGCGGCGCGGCUGCUGGCGCAGCUGGUCGCCGCCCUGGGCAGCAGGUACUGCGUCGGCGCCCUGUGGGGCCUGGGGCUGACCGGGUAUCACGUCGGGGAGAGGAGCCUCGCCUGCAGGAACCCCAUCCACGUCGACUUGCCCAAAGCCGUCGUCGUCGAGGCCAUCUGCUCCUUUAUCUUCCACAGCGUCCUGCUGCACUGCCAGGAGGUCCGAGCCAAGCUUCGCAUCCACAUGCUGGCGGCACUCAUCACCUUUCUGGUCUAUGCAGGAGGAAGUCUAACAGGAGCUAUAUUUAAUCCAGCUUUGGCACUUUCACUACAUUUCAAGUGUUUUGAUGAAGCAUUCCUUCAAUUUUUUAUAGUAUAUUGGCUGGCUCCUUCUUUAGGUAUAUUGUUGAUGAUUCUGACAUUCAGCUUGUUUCUUCCAUGGCUGUAUAACAACCAUACACCUAAUAAGAAGGAAUAA